AUGGCUGCAUUGGUUAUGGUGUUUUGGUUGUGGCUGGCCUUCAACAUUCCUCCUAUCACCCCUUCUGGGGGGGGUCUUAGUCACCAUGACCAAAAAAGAAAGCUUGCUUCUACUAUUCCUGGUUUCAUAAGCAUCGACUGUGGCGCAACUCUGCAGAACUAUGAUGACUCCAACAUAUUUUACCAGACAGAUACAGGGUUUAUAAGUGCUGGAGUGAAUUCACAGAUAUCCUCAGAGUUCAUCAACUCAAGCCUUAACAUGGAGCUGAGGACCUUGAGAUAUUUCCCAGAAGGAGAACAGAAUUGCUACACCUUGAAACCUGAGCAAGGCAGAUCAAACAACUAUCUCAUCAGAGCUGUGUUCAUGUAUGGAAACUAUGAUGGCAAAAAUCAAACUCCAGUGUUCCAAUUGUAUCUUGGGGUUAAUUCAUGGACAACAGUGAAAGACUCAUAUGUUGUACAUGAUAUCAUAUAUGCUCCCUUGACAGAUGCCAUACAAGUGUGUCUUGUGAACAAAAACAAUGGAACACCAUAUAUUUCUGCACUGGAAGUUAGGCAAUUGGACAACUCCCUCUACCAAUCAGGUAAUGGAGCACUGGCCUUGACUUCGCGAAUCAACCUUGGUGGCUGCAAUAAGAUAAUCAGGUACCCCGACGAUAUAUAUGAUCGCAAAUGGAAUCAUGAUCAGAAAAAUGAAUGGAUCCCAGUGACAUUGGCACCCAACUUGACAAUUGAGACCAGCAACAAUGGCUACAAAGUACCAGACAAAGUGUUAGGAACUGCUGUCAAGUGUGUCAGUGGCCCCAUAUACGUCUCAUGGAAAUCCAAGUUCACAAUUUCAAAAUUUUAUGUUUACUUUCAUUUUGCUGAAAUAGAAAAGCUUGAGGGUGGGAAACAAAGAACACUCAAUAUCCGUUUCAAUGAUUUUUAUAACUUGGAAACUCUUACUCUGGACUAUCUAAAGACACAAACUGUUGCCAGUUUUGCUCUUACUGGGGAGACAACAUAUAACUUCUCUAUUUCUAGUGUGGACAGUGGCCUUCCUCCGAUCCUUAAUGCCUAUGAAAUUUACCAGCACAAAGACUUUUAUCGCAUGCCAACAAUCGAGAAAGACGUGGAUGCUAUCAUAAACAUUAUAAACACAUACAGCAUAAUUGGAGAGUGGCAGGGCGAUCCAUGUUUUCCUUCUUCAUGGAACAUUUUGAAUUGCAGCUCCAUCAGUCCUCCAACUAUCAUUUCUUUGAACCUUAGUUCAAGAGAAUUGACAGGAAAUAUAGCUGUUUCAUUCUCCAACCUCAGAACGAUAGAAUCUUUGGAUCUAUCACACAAUCAAUUGACAGGUCCAAUUCCAGAAUUUCUAGCUCAACUGCCAUACUUGAGAGUCCUCAAUUUAAUGGGGAACCAGCUUGAAGAUGCAGUUCCCAAGGCUCUUAUGGAAAAGCACAAUAGCGGAGGGUUAACAUUAAAUUUGGAUGGAAAUCCAGAUCUUUGUUUGGGGGGUUCAUGCAAAGGAAAAAACAGGAAGCUUGUUGCCAUUGUUGCACCAACUGUAUCAGUUGUGGUCUUCAUAAUACUAUGUGCUCUAGCAAUCUAUCGUAUCCGUGAAAAGAAAAGAAAAGGGACGAGAAGAGAAUGGUCACUGAAAGCAAAGAAUUGGAGAUUUACAUACUCUGAGAUUGUGAAUAUCACCAAUAACUUCAAAUCUGUUAUUGGAGAAGGAGGAUUUGGAAGAGUCUACCACGGCAGCCUAACACAUGGAAUUGAAGUUGCUAUCAAGGUGCUUUCUUCAUCAUCAAGACAAGGGUCCGACGAAUUUCAAAAUGAGGUGGAGCUUUUAUUGGGAAUUCAUCACAAGAACUUGGUUUCUCUUUUUGGAUACUGCAAUGAAGGUGGAAAUAUGGCACUCGUUUACGAUUAUAUGGCCUGUGGAAAUUUGCAACAGCAUCUAUUAGCAGAUGGAAGCACAAACGUUUUAACCUGGAAAGAAAGACUUGAAAUCGCAGUGGAUGCAGCACGAGGAUUGGAUUAUCUGCAUAAUUGUUGCAAGCCACCAAUAGUCCACAGAGAUCUCAAGACUUCCAACAUCUUACUAAGUGAAGACUUGCAAGCCAGGAUAGGCGAUUUUGGGCUCUGCAGAGUCUUCACAACUGAAAACGAGACUCAUAUAUCAACCGAUGCUAAGGGUACUCGCGGAUACGUUGAUCCUGAAUAUUACCAUACUGGGAAGCUGAAUAGGAAGAGUGAUGUUUAUAGCUUUGGGAUUGUUCUGUUGGAGCUGAUAACUGGCCUGCCUGCAAUAAUAAAAGGCCCUCCAGUGGUAGAGUUAUGUGAUUGGGUGGGUCCCCAUGUGCAAGGAAAGUGCACUGGAGAUAUAGUUGAUCCAAGAUUAGAAAGCUAUAACAUAAAUUCUGCCUGGAGAGCCAUAGAAGUGGCAAUGGCUUGCAUACCAUCAGUAGCAAUCCAGAGGCCAGACAUCAGCUAUGUCUAUGAUGAGUUGAAGGCAUGUUUGAAAAUGGAGAUGGCUUCUGAGAAACCUCAGAUAAUGGAAGGCUACCAGACCUGGUCAAGCAGUUCAAUUCAUACCACUCCUUUGGACCCUAAAGUUGAAAUGCACCAUACUUGCUAG